GGGUGGGUACGGCGGGAAAGCUUCGGCGGCGCGAGUCGGCGCCGUUACGGGCCGGGGGAGCCGAGUGGGCGUGCGAGGUCUCGCGUGGAGGAGCCUCCCCAUGUCUCCGCCCCCCCAGCCUCAGUCUCGGCUCGGAGCGGGGGCGGGCCCCUCGCCCCCUCCCCGCCUGCCGGGCUGUGCUGUGGCCCAAGUCCAAGUUGAAGGGCAGCAGUCGAAGGAAGCAGGCCUCAGUUAGGGGAGGUGUGUGCGGGGCUAACCAGCCUCGGUCUCCCGACAUGGAGUGGACCCUGUGGUUCUGGCUUGGGGGAGCUGCUACCUUCCACAUUUCCAUGGACCCCUCUCCGGUGCUGGUCUCCCUAGGGUCAGAUGUGCUCCUGCAGUGCAUUUUCCCCGCAGUGGGCAAGGACAUGCCGACUCCCACUGUGCUCUGGCACCACGGCCAGUGGCGCCUGGCAGAAUAUGACGGGAUCUUAGUGACCCAGCGCCCAGGCACAGAGCUGCCAGAAAGCGCGGAGGGCCUGCGGAAGGGCAAUGCUUCCCUUCUGCUCCAUCGGGUGACUAUGGCGGAUCUGGGCUCUUACUACUGUACUGUGACAGUUGGGAAACAGCAGGCAGAAGCUGGAGUCCUUCUGGAGAUUUCAGGAUCCGACCUGCAGAUCUACACAGAGCCCUCUUCUUGGGUGACUAUGGGCUCUUCAGCACUGCUCAAAUGUCGCUUCAGCAUAGGGGAUGUAAUUGAAUUGAGUUCACUCACAAUACGUUGGUAUGCCCCAGGGGGACGAAUUGUAGCCCAGUUUCCACCAAAGGAGGAGGAGGAGGAGGAAGAGAAGGAUGUGGGUGAAGGGCCUGGGGGGCUAACAACCUUAGGCUCUUUUUCUGAGGCAGACCUGCUUUUGGGCAAUGCCUCCCUGACAAUACUCAGAGCCCAGCCUAAGGAUGCAGGACUCUACAGCUGCAGUGUGGGAUAUGGAGGUGAGGAACGGCACAGUGAGAGCCUCUUCAGUGUCAUUGCUGCCCCCCACAUCUCCUUGUUUCCAGUCCAAGUCUCUCUAGGAGAGAAGACUACCCUGCUGUGCCAGAUCAAAGGUUUCUACCCUGCAAGGGGCCUUCAGGCCUGGUGGCUACGGAAUGGUCAGAAGCUACCAGAGGCCAUCUCUAUGGGGUCCCCCACACAAAACCCUGAUGGCACAUUUGAUUUGGAGCUGAUCUUAAAUUUGACCCUGGAGUCCCAUGAUCUAGAAGCCAACUUUACCUGUCAUGUGACUCAUCCUGCUCUGGAACAUCCUCUGCAACAGAUAUUAAACAUGAAAGUCAAAGAAGAAAAGUGGUGGGAAGAUGUUCAGAGCAACAAUAGGCCAUCAAUUAGCAGCAUCCUGAUCACCACCUUGGGUAUUACUGUUAUAGGUUUUGCCAUCAUCCACAGCUUGAGGAGGAACAGAGGCGUAGAGGAAGAAGAGCAGGAGCAGGGAGAAGUCCGGACAGCGACAGAUGGAGAGGACAGGGAGCAACCUCAAGAAACAGCUGACUUUCAGUCCCCUGGAAGAAACUGGGAGGUGGAGAAAUUAUUACCAAGGGAUCAUACUCAAUCUGAGGGAGAGAUCCUUCAGGGAGACAGAAAAGCUGGAUUCCUACAGGGCUAUAGAAAGACUGUCGGGAUGAUGGAGGUGAGGUAUUCGAGAAUCAAGAGACAAAUCAUUGUAGAAUGUAGAGAGACUGAGGAGGAUAAGGUCCUUGUAUUAGAGAGUACUAGGGAGAGCCAGGUCUUAGCAGAAAAAGGUGAAAGUAAAGGGCAGAACCUAGAAGGAUAUGGAGAGAGUGAGGGACGAGUUCUGGAAGAAUUUGAAGUGGAUACUGAGACACAGUUUCAGGAGGCUAAAGCAAUAAGAGUUGAAGGGAAUAUCAUAAAAGGCAAUAGAGAGAUAGAGGUUCACAAGAGAGAUAAAGAAGCCACUGAAAAACAGAAUGGUGAAGGACAGACUGAGAAAAGGGAUGCUGAAAGACAGACCCAAAGAGGGAGGGAUAAUGGACUGACCCAAGGAGGGGAUAGUGAAGAACUGACCCAAGGGAGGGAUAGUGAAGGACUGACCCAGGAAGGGGAUAGCAAAGGACUGACCCAAGGAGGGGAUAGUGAAGGACUGACCCAGGAAGGGGAUGGCAAAGGACUGACCCGGGGAGGGAUAGUGAAGGACUGACCCAGGAAGGGGAUGGCGAAGGACUGACUUGGGGAAGGGAUAGUGAAGGACUGACCUGGGGAGAGGAUACCGAAGGACUGACCCAGGAAUGGGAUGGCAAAGGACUGAACCAGGGAGGGGAUGAUGGACUGACCCGGGAAGGGGAUAGCGAAGGACUGACCCGGGGAGGGGAGAGUGAAGGACUGACCUGGGGAGGGGAUAGGGAAGGACUGACCCGGGAAGGGGAUGGCAAAGGACUGAACCGGGGAGGGGAUGACGAAGGACUGACCCGGGGAGGGGAGAGUGAAGGACUGACCCGGGAAGGGGAUGGUGAAGGACUGAACCGGGGAGGGGAUGACGAAGGACUGACCCAGGGAGGGGAUAGUGAAGGACAGAUCCAGGAAGGAGAUUCCGAAGAAGAAAUCCCCAGAAGUGAUGCUAAAGUGCAAGUCCACCUAGGGGAUGAGGAAGCCAUUAAAGGACUUGUCUUUAAAGAAGUUGGAAGAAAUGGAACAAGACGAAUAGCAGGGGAAGGAGAGGCCAUGGAACAAAUCCCAAAUGGGUAUGAAGGGAUUGAGGGAUGGAAAUCAAGUGGGAAGAUUGGUACUCAGUCAUUGAGGAUAGAUGAGGAUCUUUCAGAACAGUCCCCAGGGGCAAUUGGAGACAGAGGUUCUUCCCAAAGACGAAGACAUUGUCCAACUCCAGGGAUAGAUGGAGAGAUCAGAGAGGCAGAAAAGCAAGGGGGCAGAAACAGUUAAGGGAAUAAUAUAAAGAAAAGUUCAUCUCCUGUGCCUUCUGAUUUUGUGACCAUAAGUUCCAGAUAAAUUGAUCUGUAUGGCCAUCUUUGAUCUUUUGAGCUUUUAGUGAUGUUAACAAAGCAGAUUAUUGGGGUAAGGGUGGCAUGGGGGAGAUGAUCAGUUUGGGUUUUUGAACAAAAUAGGUAAAAUGCCUAAUAAUGUGCUCUCGUUUUUUCUGGAAGAGGAAAAAUGAGAGAAUAUGUUACUCAAUUUGGAAAGGAUUUCAACAAGUUGAGCCAUAGAGAACCUUUGAAAAAAGGGGUGAAAGGCUAUGCAAAAAAAGAAAGCUAGAAUUGAAAUUAUAGGACCCUGGCACAUAAGUUACAGGGAAGAUAUCAUAGAGAAUAGAUAAAAAGCUUUUCAUCGGGUGACUUUAGGAAGCUGAAACAGCCUACUGUCUCAGGCCAAAGAUCGAGGGAUUUGGGGACUGAAUGUAAGUAAUUAUUGAAGGAAAACUUUAGGAAAUGUCCCCAGUUCAUGGUAAUUCUGUACAUAGUAAUUAACAUUUAAGUUUUUCUAAGCCACUUUUUAUUUAUAUCACAUGAAGGAGAUGGUUCCAUUAUUUUACAUGAAUUUGAAGUUCAUUCUAACACUGUUCCUGCCUGAUUGCUUCAGAUACAUUUGUUCAUAACUUAGUAUGAAUGGUGUAGGGUUUUACUAAACAAUAAUUUGUCCCACUCAUUUUCACAAGUUUAAAACUGUUCACUUUAUUAUCAAUAGUAGUAACUUAGUAAGUAUAAUGACAGUUAUUUACCUCACCACCCUCCCUGGGACUUUGUGUGAUGUUCCUAUUCAAGGUAUUUAUGAAAGGCACAUUUAAGAAAUAUAUGUUAGUUAGAAUGAAGGAGGGAUGAAUGGGGAAAAACCAGCUUAGAGGUCUUACUUCCUAACCCCUAGUAUUCAUUGUAGCUGAGUAGAAAGGGAUUCAGAUGCCAACAAAAUUACUUUUCCCCAACCUAUCUUACAGAUUGUCCUCCAGUAUUUGUAUGAUAUCAAAAGACGAAAAGUCCACUACCUCCCAAGGUAGACCAUCAUGAAUUCUCACAGUUAAGGUUUUCUUAUAUCAAACAUAAAUCUGCCACUGCUAUCCAUCUCUGCUUUAAGUAUUAUCCAGUACUUCCAUGUGACUCCAAGUAUCAAGAUACUUCAGAACAGCUCACAUCCAUUUGUCUUAUGAUUACACCUUCCUAGCUCUUUCAGAUAGUCUUCAUGAUCUUAAGAUUGAUGUCCAAAUGUCCUGCCCCACCCUGGUCCUUGUACUAGGCAUCUCAUUACAGCUUUAGAGAUCCCAUUAGGUUUUUUUUUGUUUGUCAUAUCACACUGUUGAUUCUUAUUGAACUUGCAAUUUACUAAAGCACCUAGAUCUUUUUCAAAACAAUUGCUACUAUUUUUCUCGGAUUUGAGGAUUUGAUGUUUUUAACCCAAUUAUGAAGCUUUAUAUUUAUCUAUUUUAAAUUUCAUCUUAUUAGAUCAGGGCCUUUUUAUCCUCUUUUGCAUUGUAGAUCCCUUGGCAUGUGUGGAGACCCCUCUUCAGAUUAAUGUUUUUAAAUGCAUAAAACAAAAAGUAUAAGAUUACAAAGAAAAUCAGUUACAAUACACUUAUCCAAAAAAAAUUUUAAGUUCACAGAACUCUCUAAUAAAGAAUUAAUAAUUAUGGGAUCACAUUUAACCCAGUAUUCUAACCUAAGAUUUUAUUUGGGAUCCUGAGUUUGUUAGGCCUAGAAGCUAUCACAUUCCACUUUGUCACAUGUAAAUUCAAUAAGCAUGCUAUCUAUACCUUUAUCCAAAAUGAAAAUACUAAACGGCAUAGGACCAAUUCACAACUCUCUGGGACACUUGAGACCUUUUCCCAAGUUAACACUUAACUAUUAAUUGCUACUUUUUGGUUCUAGUUAGUCAGCUAGUCCUCAGUCCAUCCAACCACAUAUCAUCUAGUUCAUAUUUCUUUACCUUGCCCAUAAAAAUAGCAUGAUAGUACAUUUCCAAAUAUUUGCUUAAAUCAGAUGCAUGUAUGUGAUAUAUUCUCUUAUCUUUACCCUUGUAUAGUUACCCUAUUAGAAAAAGAAACGUUUAGUCUCUUUUUACCUGUUUUCAAUGACACCAUGCUGACACUUUGUGAAUUGUUGAUUUCUAGAUAUUUAUUAACCAUCUUUUAGAUACCAUGUUCUAGAUUUUAACAGGAAUUGAAAUAAGAUUCAUUGGCUUAUCUCUUCAGAUUUCCACUCUGUUCCCCUUGUUGUCCAUCUUCAAUCUUGUAGUACCUGUGCCAAUCACAUUGUCUGCUUGGUCCUCACUUUCCUCAUCUAUUUGUGUGGAAUUGGGAUGAAUUUAGAUGAUAAUAUAUCUCUUCCAAUUCUAAACUGAUUAACCUAAAAUGUCUAAUUGCAAAUUCAAAUAACAAACUCCUAAAAUAUCUAAUUGUAAAAUUCAAAUUGUGUAAAAAAAAAUGGGGAUUUUCUGUUUGCCUCAGUCUUCUAAUUGUUUCCAGUUCCUUUAUCUCUGGAUAUGACUGUCGCUUUCAUAUGUAACUAUCUAGGGAAGGCACAUUUGUAUAUAACCAUAUUGUUGCCUACCUUGCUGUGAUCACUCUCCCUUCUAGCUUUUAAGAUUAGAAUACUUAGAAGUGUAUGUGGGUUAAAGUUGUAAAACACUUUGUAAACCAUAAAAUGAGUUAUUACCCCACUACCUUAAACCUUUUGGUAGAAAGAUGCUUAAAGCUUCUUUGGUGUAUACUUAUUCAUUCCUUCACUCUUCCUGACCCUGUAUCAGUACAUAAAGAUGGACCUUAAAGUUAAAAUAUGAAGGGAGUGUCCAGUGCUCCCCUAACUCCAUUUAUAACUAAGGAAUCACAAAGUUGUCAAUAUACUUGUAGUUCCUGCUUUAUUCCCUUUCCACACUCUUCAUUUCUCUGGUAUGAGAGAGUUAGUCUUCUGAUUUUGCUAAGAAAAGACCGGGAGGACAGAGUAACAAAGCAUGGGAAACUGGUGGAUUUCUUUUAAUGAGAGCCUAAACUAUAGGAGCAAGCAGCCUUCAUCACAAGCUUUUCUCGUCCCGUCCCCCCCGUCCCCCGACCUCCAGAACCUUGAUCACUUGACUGAUGAGUCUUGUUUCAUCACUUGUGAAAAGAAAACUGGGAAACAGAAGUAUGAAAUUGUCCUAACUGCCUAUUAACCAUUAAUUCCAAGAGAACUACUUCACCCGUUUUUCCAUUGGAGCUGUUAAUAAAGGAACAAAACUUUUAAAAA